CUUUUAAACAUAAAACAAACCAACCUAACCCAAUUAAACAUGUACAAAUCUAUUGCUUGCAUUGCCCUCUUCUGCUUGGCUACUGUCAGCGCUGGACUCAUUGAAACUCAUCAUGUUGUCCAGGAACCUGUCUUAGCUAAGGUAGGCUCUGUUGUUCAUUCUGCUCCCUCGGCGGUGUCGCAUCAAAGUAUUACCCGUUACCACAACAAAGCCGUCGUUACCCCAGUUGUCACUCCUGUCGUAAAGACUACUGUUCAUGCUGCCCCUGUUGUAUCUGUGGUCAAGUCGGCUCCAGUUGUUCACACUUAUGCUGCUGCUCCUGUAGUACACUCUGUACCUGUGGUCCAUGCUGCCCCUGUUGUGCACAAAACUGUUAUUCCCGCUACUUAUAGUUUCCAUCAUUAAGUUCCUGUAUUGCAGAAAACCUUUUGUGAUAUGAUUUGUUAGUUGUUUAGUAAAAUGGACUGGAAUAAAAAAAAUGUUACAUAUUUAA